CCGAGACUGGUUAGAAUAAUUUCUAAAAAUAUUUUCUAUAAUCUAACAAGAUACAUACAUCUACUACGUGCGUCAGUGAGUGUUACCAGCCGUCUUUCAAGACGGGGAGCGAUGUCGGAGGAGGUGCGGAGAGGGAGCGCCUGUUGAGUGUUCCAUGCAUGUUUGAGCGUUGUAAUCCCUGAGGAAGAAAAUGUUAGUUUCCCGUAUCUUGCCGCACGUGGUGCCUCUGGUUGAUGGCGAACCAGAGCUGCGGCCGACCGAAAAUUUCGCGUUGCUCCUUGUCUUUCAAGAAGUUGGCGAUCGGGGGUUCUUCGUGUUGGUCUUGCUGUCGUCUUUGUUUGCGGAGAAGCGCAGACAACUAGCGGCGGGCUUGACGAUAGCGCUGUUCGUCCAUGUUGCAGUGGUUUUCUCCGCAGUGGAUCGGGAGCUGGGACGCAUUCACACGCCGCAUCUUGAUACAAAUGUGUAUGGCGAUUUUGUUGUUGAAGAUGUCUCCAAUUCGAAAGAAAUAGAUGAAGGUGUGAAAUGAAGAUUUACAGCAGUAACUUAUUAUAAUGACACUGGUCGUAUUCAUUUUGACAGUCGAGCAAGCUAGCACUGAGCUCUUAUUGAUUCAUAGUUGACCUGAGCCUGACGUAAAAAAAAUAGCUUCGAUUUUGUACAUCUCUUCCCUCAUUCAAGAAAAGGCAUUGGAUUUCACCGCAGUGUCGGCACAAGCACAGCUCUUUACCGCGCUAGUCUUUCUGGCACUGAGUGUGAAGAUUUUGUUUAUCGACUUGAUGGUCUACAACGCAGCAUCAAAGUGCCAACCGGUGGGACAACAUAACCUCGGCUUGGGCCGUUCUCCCACAGUAACACGAAAUCCAGGACCUCCCGGAUUAUUCCCAAGCAUUGGGCGUGCUUGGACGAAUUUUAGAACGUCGUUCGGAGCAAAUAAUUCAGGUAACACGGCUUGUGGUAUAGUAGCGUCUCCUGCGCCACGCAGACUCGAGUUCGAGGGUGGACAUGUCGACGUCCUGUAUCUCGACGGUGAGGGGCGCAUUAGCUGUCGCGGCGUCGUAAAUGACGAGGUGGAAAGCCCGAUUUCUGGAUUUUCAGGUAGUUGCCAAUUCUGUGGUUACAGGAUUAGAAAUAUGCUAAUUUCAUCAACAAAUAUCAAUGGCGGGCUGAUGCGAAGAUCUCUCACUACUUUUCAACCUCGGCGGAUAUGCGAACAGUCGAAGAAGUUCCAGUCCUAUACAAACACACAAACCACCAAGUAGACCCCCACUUUUGAAUUUCAACAGGAGAGCAAGCGGCUGGACCAGCAAGCCUCCAGGAUUGCGCAGCCAGUGUGACGGUGUUUGGUGACCACAGUGACGCUGACAGUCCAGUGGCUCGUCCAGCCGAGUCAGAAGACGGUGACUGGUCCGAUCAUGACGGAGCGGUUGUCCACGAACGAGAAGCAAUCGAAGGGAAACAAGACGAAGUCGAUUUUCUCGGCGUCAAUGCUAGUACCGCUGAAAAGAACACGACUUUAUUUCUGGGUCGAUCAGAUGGGCCAGCGUCUGUAGUUGCAGAAGAUUGUAGAGCCCAACUCUAUGCUUCUUCAGCACCAGACUUUCCGUGCAAGCAUCUCGACAUGCUGUCGCGUCCGCAAUCGGGUCGAAAAGGGUCAUCCUCGCGAGUUGUCAUGGGACAGAUAAACACUCCAGGCGCUUCAAUUGUUAUAUCAGGCGCUGGUCAUCAUUGUGUUGAUGAUGCAGAAUUCAAAUUUCCGAUGAAUGUGGAGCAAAUCGACCAAAAGCCUCGUGCUGGCCAGGAGUAUGGCUGUGUUGAUUUUGUGGAGACACUGUUCUCGGUCACUCUCUUCACGAUACUGCUCUUCCUCCUGCAACUGCAGAAUCAGGGGCAGCGAACUCUGACCGAAAAAAUCGCUGCUCUCUAUCCGGGAAGGCACUUCGGCAGAGAGUAUUAUUUCUGCUAAAAUGAUACAGAGGCAAUCAUUCGGCACAUUUCUUCUAAUUAGUAAUUCUAAUGUUCAGGAGUGAGGCUAGCUGAUAUAACAGCCAAGAGUUGUAUUUGUCUUCGCAGACGUUGGAGUCUCUCGUCGUUUUUUUUUGAUUCCAGGUUGUUGUAUGUUCUUUGCGCUAGUGGGAUUUUGCUGUUUACGCGAAUGGUGGCUAUGCUGGCUGGAUUUAUGCUGCGCUGGACCAUGAACGACCGGGCGAUUAUGUUGCUCUGCGUGCUCGGUUUCCUUGGGUUCACGAUAUCGGAAAUGAGCGGUGCAGCAGCACAAGUUCUCUCCGAGCGACGCGGAAUUUUGCAAUUGUGAAGUUUUUCAAUAUGAUGAGAAUAGCGCCUGUAAUUCUUCAUUGUUUUUUCCAUUCAUAAUAGAUAAAUAGGUUGUACUACUAGUGACCCAUCGAGAAAGAUUGCACAGACUCCGACAUGCAAAGGUUUCUCCACAUGAAAUCAGGGGGUGCUCUGACAAGCCAUCGUUCUUGCAAAGACAGCACAGACACAGCUGCAGGCACUCGAAAAAUAGCAUGAUGCAUGUCUUAGACUAAAAUGGUGCGCAUUUCCAUUUCUCAACAUCAGUUCAGCUUCAGACUCAAAACAUCAUACAACACAAACAUGAUCAGGAAAAUAAUUCAAUGACACAUGCAUAUAAACUUCUUAUUGGUUUUGUUUUCCGUGAUCGUAAGUUUCUUUUCCAACUGCUUCGUAGUCGC